GUCUUACACAGCUGACUACGCACCGUCCAUAGGACUCAAUACAAUACGACAAAACAUAAAGAAUGUUCUGGACCUAAGUAUUGUGCUUAUGGCACACAAGUAUUACACAGUUGGCUACGCAACGUUCACAGUCGGUGCUGUUGCCCUUCUCCAACUCCUGUAGCAGCCACAUGAACCAAAUGCGCUUCACGAUACUAUUUGCUACUAUUCAACUUGCUGCCUGCAGUUUUGACUACACUGGGAGGGCGACCUUGGAGGAUCUCAAUGCCUUUCUUCGGGCGGAUGAUAAAAUAUAUUUAUUCUACAGAAGUUAUUCAAGGCAAAUGAAUGGAGGCGAUCCAUCGUGCAUCUACAUCAACCACGCUCGAUUCAUAAAUGCGACGUGUAUUAUGUAUAUAGAGGGUUAUCGUCAAUAUGACAAGAGCUCACAAGUGUACCCUGUAUACGCUCGUCUGUCUAAGAAGGGCUCUUCGGAUAGUCCACCCGUGAUGCGAGCGACCGCGAUGGGCAGACUCAAGAGAAAAUACCGAUUUGAGUACUAUGACGAGAGUUCCAAGUGUGCUGUUAUUACCUUCAGCGACGGAAAAUGUAGAACAAAAUGCGAACUCUACAUAUGGAAAUCAUCAGUGAACGGAGGACCCUCAGUAAAUUGUGAAAGAGAGUACGAAGAUUCCUGUCCUGAGAGCAAAAAGUACAGCAUUUAUAACAGUGACUGCUUUUAGCAGUGAAUGAAUAUCUUGUUACAGCAUUGUUCAUCAGUACUUUUGGGCGGGGCCGUAAAUUGUUUUUAUUAAAAAUCUGGACGUUG